AGGCUGGCUGGAAAUUUAAAGUCAGACUAAGACCAGUAAAAAUGAAGAGAGAACCAAAAAGAUAAAUAGUAAUUACUCUCAUUCCUUGUUAUCAGGUUGAGAAAAACUGCAGAACAAUGAUAAGGGUUCUUAAAUAUAGAAAAUUGAUGGUUUCUGAAAUUGGGAUUUGGGGGAAGGUUUUGAUCCAUUGGCUUGUUAUUGUCCAUUAACUCAACUGGCCACGAACAGGUUUUAGCUGGAGGAAUAUCCGAUUGUUUGCUCCCUAAUUUUUUUAUUCCACACAUCGCUAUAUAUACACAACAAACUUACCGCAACCAACCUCAGCUUUCAAACCAGACAGUCAAAAGCACCAUCAAAGCAAACGGGAAAUGUCUCUCCACCCAAAACUCGUUUCUUCAAUUGCAUUUCUCCCUUUGAUCCUUCUCUAUUUGAUCUCCUCGUUCUCCUCUGUCUCUUGCGAUGAUUCACUAACAGCUUAUGAAGUUCUUGAAGAAUAUGACUUCCCCAUAGGUCUCCUUCCUAAAGGAGUAUUAGGCUACAAGCUAGACAGUUCCACAGGUAAAUUCUCGGCCUAUUUGAAUGGUACUUGCACCUUUUCCAUUGACUCCUACGAGCUCAAAUACAAGUCCACCAUAACUGGAGUCAUAUCCAAAGACAAGCUAACUAGCUUGAGUGGGAUCAGAGUCAAGGUCCUCUUUCUGUGGCUCAACAUCAAGUCAGUGAUCCGUGACGAUGAUGAGCUUGAAUUCUCAGUUGGGAUAGCUUCUGCUGAUUUCUCUGUCGAUAAUUUCAACGAGUGCCCAACUUGUGGAUGUGGCUUUGAUUGUGAUACUGUUAAUGGCAGAAAGAUUGAAUCCAAUCAUCCCAUAUCCACCGCUUAGUUAAGUGAAUUUAAUCAGCGAGAGAGUUCAAGGUUUCUGCCCAUUCGGAUUAUUAAAAAAAAUUUCAGUGUCCAUCUUGUGUUUCCUUUAAUGAGAGGUGAUCAUCAUGUUAUGUAUUAGUCACCGAAGUCCAGCUGAGUCUAGGCUGUCAAUUCUCAUACAUAUUAACAAUAUAUUUUGUUUGUGUGUAACUGUUGCAACUUGCAUGCAUGAAUCGCAGUCAUCUAUGGACAUUUUAUUGAGAUGUUUGUGAUUAGUUAACGCACCAUUCAACUUUAGAGGAAGGAGC